AGAAUAGUUCAAAUACGACCCACCUAUGGUGUUGUCAGUGGCCUGGAAUUGAACUCGGGUCUCUGGCAUUAUAGUGCAAUGCGUCAACUACUUUUCCGCUUCUCAAUCCCUGCAAUAUGAAGACCUUUUGAAUCAAUGGCAUGUGCCAAUAUAAUUAUCCAGGCAUAAUACAUUAGCACGAUGACAUAAUGCCACAUUAAGAUAGUAGGUCUUCAUUUGAUCAUUUGAACGUACUGCUCUUAGGCUGGCGACACUCAUUUUACGCCAGAUCCGUCGGUGUGAAGGCAAUGGCAAAAAGCACACCGACACACUGCCCCUAUUCGCCACCAACCUCUCCUCCCUAGCCCGACAAGGACAGCAUGCGUACGCACGGGCACACACACGAGCACACGCAAAGAGAGCGGGCGGGGCCUCUUCAUAACGGAGUGUGUAUCAAGUGUGGUUGACGCUUGGACCCAUGCCCCAUCUGAUUGCCAUGCAGCACACAGAGGCUGUGCAGUUCUCUCCAUCACUGGGAGACUUAUGGCUCGUAAUUAAGUUCUUGGCAGCUGAGAAUUAGGAAUUCGAAGAUCCUCUGAUUUUUUUGUGUGUAUUUGGAUGAAACACAAUGCUUUAAAUUGUGGAUUUUCAUUGUUCUUUCUAACAUGUUUUUUUUUACAGGAUUAUGAGCACACUUUGUUAGUUAAGACAAAGUUGGCUAUAAUACAGUGUACUAUUGAUUGAUUUCUGUUUAAUGGACAAACAAUACGGACACAGUACUGUGUAUUGAAAGCGCAAUAUGAGCACGUAACUUUGUCCCAACAACCUCAUUUGAAUUAAUCAUGCUACCUGCACAAUUCUUGUAUUCACGGCGCAUUCCACAAACUGCUCUUCUACAUUAUCAUUUUCAAAUUGCUAUCACUCAAGUAUUUGGCCUUUACGAUGAGAAAAUUGUUCCGCAUAUAUUUUCCAGACAAAGUAAUGCACUCUUAUAACAUUUACAGUGGCAAGCAUUGUAACACAACGUGUAAAGUACCACCGACUGAAAGGCCUGCAUACAAGAGUAACGCUUAACUCGCUGGACUGGCAAUUCACGUGUCGCCGAUUCUAUCUCCUGACAGACCCAUUGAAACAAUGGGCAAGUUGAUUAUAUACCUCCCACUACUGCUUGUCCACCCAGCAGUAGGAAUGGGUAAGCCGCAGUCGAUCAGCAGGUUGGUUACGGUGGGUUCUCCCACCUUUGCCAAGGUGUCUAACCAGCUUAGAAUCGUAGGCCAAAGGCCCUCUUCUCGAGAGCUCCCCCAAGUCUCCGGGAGGCCCUUUUGCCAAUAGCAUCGUAAGCAAGCAGUUUCAGGGCUGCACCUUUAGCUUUCACAGAGAAGUGAAGCCGUCUAAGUUUUGGUUCAUGCAUAUUACUUGUUUUCCAUCACGACCCUGCGUAUGUGUUUGUCACGCAGUACAAAGGUUACGCCAGAUUCGUCACUGCUGGAGGCUAAUUUUAAAUUGCUCCCUGCUGGCCUUAGAACCCUCCUUGAGGUAUUGAAAAGAUAGAUAUAGUAUUUAAGAAUCGCACGUCUACCUAUCACAAACUAACCAUACAUGAAUGAAUCCAGGGAACAUUUAUUAAGGUGUUGUUUUUACGGAUCUAAUAAUAUGUCCCUUCCUGAUGUAAUUAUUUGAAUUCAUGGUCACAAUAUCAUUCACAAAUCUUUUUUUUACUAGCGGCCUCUAGCUACUGUAGAAGGUCACGUGAAACUGUUAUAUACAACAUUUAUUUUAAAAUUCAACAAGGAAGAGUAUUAGACCUGCACGUAUAAUUUAACUUAAUUUCGAUAACGAUCAGUGUUUUUAUACGUCCUUAUUUUACCCCGAUUUUAUAUUUUUUUGCAACUCACAGUACUUGUAACCACGAGUGAUCUGCGCCCCCAUUUUUGGCUUUAGCAUCACAUUCCAUGGCAGGUGAAUUACUAAAGUGUGCUGAUGGUGGGGGAUGAUAUAUUCUGUAUGGGUUUAGCAAAGUAGAAAUGUAAACAGAGCCUGUCCUUUGACUACCCUAUAAGUAAAAAUAUUGACUCAAAUGUUUUUAUUCUAUUGUUAAAAUUUCGUCAGUUAUAAUUAAAGGUGUGACUGUACUAUAUUUAUUUAGACAAUAUAGCGAUUACAGCACUCAAGGAACAUUCCACUAUGAAGUACCUUCCACGUUAAAAUAUUUUUUGUGACAUUUUUACACAUCAAAACUCUUCCCAUUCAAAGAAACUUGCCAACAACCAUCCACAUAUCCAUCAAACACUGAUCUUAAAACUGAAAUAAAUUAGUGUGUAGUUAUAUGCGUUGAAAAUGUACCGGUCGGAUUAACUCUUCCAAGACUGGAAUACUGAAUAAUGUGAAUGCAAUGGAGAUGUAAUAUACGAGUUUAAGAAAAACUUUACAAGCUAACAACCUUCAUGGGGGCAUUUUUUAGGUCCUCGUUUCUCAGUGCCAAAAAGUAUUAUAUUGCUUUUGCUGGGUAUGUGUGUAAUCAUGUUUAAGGAGCUUUAUCCAUCGCCACUGAAACACGGGAGCAUCAACUUUGUGGUGAACGCAGUCAUGCACAUUCGUUUGAUGGCACGGUUUUAUCGUACUUACUCCAAACUCCCUCACUUCAGCUUGCACAAGUAAAAAGAACCCCCGUGUAGCCUUCGCAGGCUCUUGGAGCAAGUGCUGUCAGUGAGCACCAAUCAAGGCUGGGCAUGGCACACGAGGGGCACACGACGGGGUGGGAAGCCAACACCAUGCCUGGCCACCUUUGUCUCCCCAGCGCUGACGUUUCCACACCAAGGAGAGGCCCUGGACCGAUUAAAAUAGUCGCCACUGUUUUUGGCCUUGGAUGGGAAUCGAACUCAGGCCUCUUCCCGGCCAUCCUGAACUUGGCCUCCAAUGCCAAGAUCCAUGCCAAUGCCACGUGUGGUGAGAACAGCGCCGAGAUUUUUUGCAAGCUGGUGGAGCACGUGCCAGGCCGGCCCAACCGCAACUCACAGUGCCGCGUCUGCAACUUAAACAGCCACAUCCCUGACGAGCGCCACCCCAUUACAAACGCAAAUGACGGCACCAACGGCUGGUGGCAAAGCCCGAGCAUACAGAAUGGCAGAAAGUUUCACUGGGUCACCAUCACGCUGGACCUGCAGCAGGUGUUCCAGGUGGCGUACGUGAUCGUGAAGGCGGCCAACUCCCCGCGGCCCGGGAACUGGAUCCUAGAGCGCUCUCUGGACGGCGCCACUUACCAUCCAUGGCAGUACUACUCCGUGAGCGACAGCGAGUGCCUGACCCGCUACGGCAUCACGCCCACCGUCGGCAACCCCGUGUACCGGCGGGACGACGAGGUCAUCUGCACGUCCUACUACUCCAGGCUGGUGCCCCUUGAGAAUGGCGAGAUCCAUACGUCGCUGAUUAACGGGCGGCCGAGCGCGGACGACCCCUCGCCGAAGCUGCUGGACUUCACGUCCGCGCGCUACAUCCGCCUGCGGCUCCAGCGGAUCCGCACGCUCAACGCCGACCUGAUGACCCUGAGCCACCGCGACCCACGGGAGGUCGACCCCAUUGUGACGCGACGGUACUACUAUUCCAUAAAGGAUAUCUCCGUGGGGGGGAUGUGCAUCUGCUCCGGGCACGCCAGCACCUGUCCUUGGAACGAGGACACACAGAAAAUGGAGUGUCAGUGCGAGCACAACACGUGUGGGGAGAACUGCCAGCACUGCUGCCCUGGCUACAACCAGAGGCGCUGGAGGCCCGGCACCAUCAACAAUGGCAACACCUGCGAAAAGUGCAACUGCCAUGGCAAGACGGAAGACUGCUACUACGACGCGGAGGUCGACCGCACCAACCGAAGCCUCAGCGUCCACGGCCGCUUUUCCGGCGGCGGCGUCUGCGUCAACUGCAGCGCCAACACGGCCGGCACCAACUGCGAGACUUGCCGAGACGGCUUCUACCGGCCCACGGGGGUGUCGCCAAACGACCCAUACCCCUGCCGCUUGUGCCAGUGUGACCCGCAAGGAUCUCUCAGCCAAGUGUGCAUCAAAGAUGAAAAGCAUGCCGAUCCCGAAAGAGACCUGUCACCUGGGCAGUGUCUCUGCAGGCCUGGCUUUGCCGGCGAGCGCUGUGAGCGGUGUGCCUUUGCCUAUCGCGGAUACCCCGACUGCAAGCCCUGCCUCUGCAGCAUGGCAGGAGGCACUAACGACGACCCCUGCAGCGAGCCCUGUGUGUGUAAGGAGCGCGUGGAGGGUGAGCACUGUGACCGAUGCAGGGCCGGCUUCUACGACCUGCGGCCGAGAAACCCGCGUGGCUGCUCCGCGUGCUUCUGCUUCGGCCUCUCCAGCUCGUGCCGGAGCCUGCCAUGGGGCGUCACUCAGGUGGUGGACAUGCGCGGCUGGCGCGUCACAGACCGGCAGGGACUGCGCAAGGUGAAAACCUUUGUGGAGGUGGACCAGGUCGCCGUCAGGAACGCGGACGUGCGCCGCACACUGCCGGCAUUGUACUACUGGCUGGCCCCCACUUCCUACCUGGGCAACAAGUUGACUGCGUACGCUGGCCACCUGCGCUACAGCGUGUCCUACGACAUCCCGGUGGACAGCACGGACUCGGAAAUGAUCUCGGACGUGGACGUCAUCAUCGAGGGCAAUGGCCAAGCCCUCAGCUCGGGCUCGCUGGGUUUGAUGCUGCAGCCAUUCGAAGAGCAGACCCUCUCCCUCCGCCUGCUGCCAGAGAACUUUUUUGAUUUCCGCUCCAAUGCUCCCGUGUCGCGCGACGCCCUCAUGACGGCGCUGGCCAACGUGACUCGCCUCCAAAUCCGUGCCAGCUACAGCUCGGUCAAGCAGGCUGUGUACCGGCUGAGCGCCGUGUCUCUGGACGUGGCCUCGCCGGAUGCGGCGGUGGGGAGUCCCGCGGCACUCGACGUCGAGCAGUGCCACUGCCCCCACGGCUAUGCUGGGACUUCCUGCGAGUCGUGCAUGCGGGGACACCGGCGCGUGGACGGGACCCUGCACGGUGGGCGGUGCGAGCCCUGCCGUUGCCACGGACACGCCGACGACUGCGAUGACCUCAGCGGCGACUGCAUGCUGCCUCUGAGCGGCUGCCGCCACAACACCAUGGGGCCGCACUGCGAACUCUGCCGCCCGGGCUUCUACGGCAACGCCACGCGCGGCACGGCAGACGACUGCCUCCCCUGCACGUGCCCCCUGUCCAUCGCCUCCAAUAAUUUCAGCCCGACCUGCCACCAGGAUCCACGCGGGGUGCUGACCUGUGACCAGUGUUUACCAGGAUACAUUGGCCUCCGCUGUGAGAGGUGCGCGGACGAUUUCUUCGGCGAGCCGAGCUCCCCGGGCGGCUCGUGCCGCCGCUGCGAGUGCAACGGCAACGAGGAGGCGUGGGGAGGUGGCCGCGUGUGCGACGCGCGCACCGGCCAGUGCCUCCGCUGCCGCGAGCGCACCGCCGGCUUCCACUGCGAACGCUGCGCCGACGGAUUCUACGGGGACGCCACCGGCACGGGCGGCUGCCAGCCUUGCCAGUGUCACCCCGAAGGAGCCACCGCCCCUCAGUGCGACCGCAUCAACGGGCAGUGUCCGUGCCGCCCCAGCGUGGUCGGCCGAACGUGCGAGCAGUGCGCGAUCGGUUUCUACGGCCUGAGCUCUGGCGCCGGUUGCUCCCCGUGCCCCUGCCACCCGGUGGGCACGGCAGGCGUCGCCUGCUCUGCCGACGGGAGGUGCCACUGCUGGCCGGGCGUGGAGGGGAGGUCCUGCGACCGCUGCACCUCUGGCCACUAUGGAUUCAAGGAGGGCGGCUGCACACCAUGCAACUGUUCGCACACCAACCACCAUUGCGACCAGGAGACGGGACGCUGCCUGUGCCCCCCAAACACUGAGGGCACGCGGUGCCACCGCUGCAUCGACGACCACUGGGGUGUGAACCCGCACGCCGGGUGUCGCGCGUGCAACUGUAGCGCCGCGCACUCCCGUGGUGCACGAUGCGACGAAGCGAGCGGGCAGUGCUCCUGCCUCGACGGGUACGGGGGCCGCACGUGCGGGGAGUGCGCGCAGGGCCGCUGGGGGUACCCAGCGUGCCGGCCCUGCGAGUGCCACCCGGAGGGCACGCGCGCCAACACCUGCCCCGCGCCGCCGACCGGCUCGCUCUGCGGCUGCGACGAGCGCACUGGCCAGUGCGCCUGUAAGGAGAAUGUCGGUGGGACGAGGUGCGACGCGUGCCUGCCUGGCACGUUUGGGCUGAACCGGGAGGACCCACGCGGCUGCACAGCCUGCUUCUGUUUCGGCGUGUCCAGCGUGUGCCGUGAGCUCCAGGGCUUUGUCAGAAUGCAGGUCUUCAUGGUGGAGGGACAGCGGUCCAUGCCGGUCGUCAACCAGGUUGGGCAGAGAGAGACCAUGUCUGGCGUGCGCUACCAACACCCAGAGAUGAUCCUGCAUGCCGGGGAGGUGCUGAAGACGCUGCACCACGAGCCAUUCUAUUGGAAACUGCCCUCGCAAUUCACUGGGCCCAAGCUCACGGCUUACGGGGGAAAGCUGCGCUACACGGUGUACUUCGAGGCCGAAGAUGGGAGCGGCCGUUCAGACCGAGAGCCACAGGUGCUGCUCCGUGGCGGGCGCAACAAGGAGCUUCUGAUCUACCGCGACAUGGCGCCACCGCGCCCUGGGCAACGUACGCAGCACCAGAUGGACAUGACGGAGCACGAGUGGCGUUACUUCAACUCCGUCCUCGAUCAGCCCGUGAGCCGCGCCGACUUCAUGUCCAUCCUCGGCGGCAUUGGGAACAUCUUCAUCAAGGCCUCCUAUGGCAGCCGCAUGACCGAGAGCAGAAUCUCGGAGGUGUCGCUUGAAGUGGCGGCCAGGGGGAAUGGGUCGAGCCACCUGCAGGCAGCGUGUCAGGUGGAGCAGUGCGAGUGCCCUCCCGGCUACAGCGGCCUCUCCUGUCAGGAAUGUGCACCAGGGUUCUUCCGAGACGUUUCAGCCAGACACGUUCCUGGACAGCCGAGGCUCGUACUCGGCCCUUGCAUCCCGUGCCACUGCAACAACCACAGCGCAUCAUGCGACCCGGAGUCUGGACGGUGUCAGGGCUGUCGGCACAACACGACGGGACAUCACUGCGACCACUGUGCCCCGGGGUAUUAUGGGAGGGUCAAAGGUCGCCCCGACGACUGCACUGCAUGCGCCUGCCCGAAAAGUAACCCAAACAACUUCAGCCCGACGUGCACCCAGGUUGGCGUGGACGACUUCCGUUGUGACGCCUGCCGCACCGGCUACACCGGGCAGUACUGCGAGCGGUGCUCUCCCGGUUACUACGGCAACCCGUCGUUGCCCGGCGAGCCCUGCCGGCCCUGCGGUUGCCACGGCGACGGGUCCCUGGGUGGCGAGUGCCAUCACGCGACGGGGCAGUGCGCGUGCCUGCCGGGCGUGAUGGGCCGUGCGUGCGAUCAGUGCCAGCCCAGACACGUGCUGGUCAACAAGAACUGCCUGUCCUGUAAUGACGACUGCACGGGCUUGCUUCUCAACGACCUGGAUGUGCUUGCUGUGAGCGUGAUGUCCGUCAACCUCACCGGCCUCAUCCCUGCUCCGUACUCACGACUCGAAGAGUUCGCGAACAUGACCCGAACACUCGGGGAUCAGCUUAAAUCACAGAAGCCACCUUCCCAGAUGACAGAUGCUGCUACUCGGGGAGUGGCUGAUGUUAUCGGAGAGAUCGAUGCCUUUGAUAGCCGGGCCACACGGGUGCUGGAGGAGGCGCGUGCGACCGAGCAGCAGCUGCGUGAGACGCAGGAGCGCGCUGGCGCACUGCUGGCGAGCGUACGCAGCGCCUUGAACGCCGCUCUGGAGCUGGUGGGGAACGUGAGCCGUCUGCGCGAGCUGGCGGUAGGCGGCGAGGAUGGCGGCGGCACGGUGCCGCGGGCGUUCGCCGACAUGGAGCACCUCGUCGCUCAGAUCCGCGCCGUCAGCCUGGCCCGGCAGCGCGACGUCGCCAACAAGGAGCUCGGGAAAUCCAGAGAGCUGCUUGACAAGGUGAAGCAGGCCUUUGAGCAGCCUCGUCAGGCAAACGAGGGCUUGGCCCAGGACGUGUCGGACCUGCUGUGGGAGGUCUUCAACCGCCUGUCGGACCUGCAGAGGAUCCUGAACGAGGCCAAGGAAGCCACCACCAUGGCCGAUGAACUCAACCAGAGCAACAACAAAAGCCUGGUCGAGCUGAAGGAUAAAAGUUCAACGCUUGAAAGAAAUUUGAAUUCGACCAAGGAGAUGAUUUCCCAGGGGGAGAAGAUUCUCGGCAACGUCAAGCAAACAAUUCAUGAAAUUGAUAAGCUGCUUAAGCAAGCGGAGCUCGACCAGGAGCGUCUGGACACGGCGGCGCCCAAACUGCGGGACCGCGUGGACGCGACGGUGAUGGCGCUGCGCGAGAAGGGGCUCAUCGAGCUCGUGUUCCGCGCGGAGAACCACUCGGCCGCCAUGCAGGCACUGGCCGCACAGCUUUCCCGCAUUCUUGAUGAGACAAAGAACCAGACAUUUGAUGCGACAACUGCUCUGAAUGCGUACGGGGCCAUUGUUCAGGCGGUGGCAGACGCGGAGGAAACUGCUCAACAGGCCGACAGCGUGGCCGGCGAGGCGCUUGCUCAGGCCGCGGGUCCCUCUGGCUCCCUGGAGCAGGCUGGGAGGGCGUCCCUGCAGCUGAGCAGUGAGCUGCUCCGAGAGACGAAGGACCUCAAUGACAAGGCCACCGGCUUUUCCGACCGCCUGGCGGCCAUUAAAAUGCAGGUGACAAACGGCGAGGACAAGACCAAGGCUCUCGCGCGACAGCUGGCCUCCGCGCUGGCCUCUCUGGCCUCGCUGCCUAAUGACACAAGCCGCGCCAUGGAGGGGGUGACGGAGGCUGCCAAGGGCGCGAGCGAGGUGGCUUCGGGGGUUCUGGAGGAGACGAUGGACCUCAACAAGAAGAUCAUGAACGUGUCGGAACACCUUGACAGGGUGGCGGAGAACGAGCGCUCAGCCAACGCCUUCAUCGACGACUCGGCGAAGAACAUUGCCGAGGCGAGCGACAAGCUGCGGGACGUGGAGGAGCGGGCGGCGCGCCUCUCCAAGCGCAUGGAGCCCUUCGGAGCGCUGCAGGACAACCUCGGGCGGAACAUCUCCGUCAUCAAGGAGCUCAUCAACCAGGCCCGCAAGCAGGCGGCCUCUAUCAAGGUCUCCGUGCAGUCCAGCACGGGCGACUGCGUGCGGACGUACCGCCCUGAGAUCCCGCACGGGAAGCUCACGUACAACUCCAUGGUGCUCCACGUGAAGACCUCGGAGCCAGACAACCUGCUCUUCUACCUGGGAGGCUCCCAGAACCCGGACUACAUGGCGGUGGAGAUGCGGCGAGGCCGGGUGAGCCUCGUGUGGGACGUUGGCUCGGGGCCCGGACGAGUCGAGUACCCGGACCUCGCCAUCAACGACGGCAACUGGUAUCGCAUCGAGGCGACCAGGUCCCUGAGGGUCGGCGCUCUCUCCAUUCGGGCCUUCAAGGGCGACCGAGGCGGAGUGAGCCAGCUGCCCAGCAGAGGGACGUCGCCCGAGGGAAAUUCGGCCUUCGACGUGGACGAGACCACUUUGCUCUUCAUCGGAGGCCUCACUGGAGGGGUCAAGAAGGCCGAUUCGGUGAAGGCCACCUCAUUCAAGGGCUGCAUGGGAGAGGCAUUCCUGGAUGGCCGCUCGGUCGGCCUGUGGAACUUCCGUGAGAUGGAAGGCACCUGUGGUGGCUGUGAGAUCAGUCCCCAGGCAGCCGAAGCAGAAGUCUCCACACAGUUUGACGGCGAGGGCUUCGUGCCGGUGGAGCGGCCAAUCCGCUGGAACUCCGAGGUCUCCAUCAUCACCUUCAAGUUCCGCACCUUCUCCCCCAACGCCCUGCUCAUGUACUUGGCCACCGCUGACAAGAAGGACUUCUUGUCCAUCGAGCUGGUGAACGGGCAGGUGCGCGUGUGGUACGACCUGGGCAGCGGACCGGGGAACGUGACCAGCGACAACAAGCACAACGACGGCAACUGGAGGAGCCUAAAGUUCUCCCGCAGCAAACAGAUGGGCACGCUGAUCGUUGAGGACGAAGCUCGCAACGUGGUGAACAAAAAGAGCAGGUCGCAGGGCGCGUCGGGAGGUCUCAAUCUCUCCUCCAUGGAUCUCAUUUACUUUGGCGGGCUCCCCGACGGGGUCCUACCCAGGGGCGAGGUGAAGAGCCGAACGUUCACCGGAUGCAUCAAGGGUGUGGAGAUCUCGCGCAGCUACUUCAAUCUGCUCACCUUUAAGAACUCCAUUGGGGUCAAAAAGGGCUGCUCACUCGAGCACGUUCACAUGGCGAGCAUAGAGUCGCCCGGGUUCGUGGAGCUGCCAGCAACCACCGCAUCUCUUCCGCCCUCAUCCGAGAUCUCCUUCUCAUUCUCCUCGACCAACGCCUCGGGUCUCCUGCUUCACGCGGCCGGGGAGCAGUCGCCGAGAGUCGUCCGCAAGCGGAGGCAGAGCGGCGUGCCUUACUACGCCGUGUACCUCCUCGACGGGAACCUGGAGGUGCUGUUCAGCACCGGCGAUGCCACGCGAAAGAUCGUCAAGAAGUCGACGGGCGGUGCGUACAGCGAUGGCAGGGAGCACGCGGUGGUUGUCAGCAGGCGGCAGCGGGUGGUGCGCAUGUCGGUGGACGACAGCUCAUCCCGGGACGCAAAUCUGGGCAGCGACGGAGAGAUCACGGUGGCCCGGCUGUUCGUGGGAGGGACGUCGGCGGGAUACAGCCCUCCCAGCAGUGUUCCAGUGCACACGUACACGGGCUGUGUGCAGAACAUCAUCGUCAAUGGAGUGCUGCAAGACUUUGCCCACUCUCUGAACUUCGACAACGUGGACAUCGGGCGGUGUCGGACAUCGGAGCCGCGGUGGAGGGCGACGAUGCAGCCCACGGGGAGGAGGGCCGAGGGGGGCUCCGGGCGGGCGGUAGUGGUCCCUGAGCUGAACAGGCCCCAGCCCGGUAGAGGCUUACCCACACCUCCUCCUCAUGCUGCUCCAAACAAGCCCGCCACCACCACAGCUCAAAUGCCAGUGCGGUGCGCUGUCGAAGCUGCGGCUUCUCUCGAAGCCAACAGUCUGCAAUUCGGCCUGAAGAAAGACAGCCAUGCCGUUCUGACCUUCGACAGGGACACAGUGAAACGCAGGCUUGUGCUGCAGCUGAGCGUGCGGACAGUGGCGAGCGAUGGACUGCUGCUCUACAUGGGGAGCGCGAACAACCUCGCAGCGUUGCAGCUGAUUGGUGGACGCCCGCAGUUCACCUUUGACUUGGGCAAAGGGGUCAUUAAGGUUACGGCGGCACAACUAAUCAACGACGGAAUUUGGCAUACGCUGAGGGUCGAGCGCGGAAAGCGGAAGGUGGAUCUGAGCGUGGACACCCGGCAGCGCGCCACCACCAAGCUACCCAGCGGCAGCUCCAACCUGGAAGUGGAGAGGAGGCUUUACCUGGGCGGGGCUCCCGCUGGCUCCCCCGGCAUCAAGCGACUGGGCAACGUCACACACAGCUUGGCUGGAUGCAUCGGAGACUUCUCACUCAACGGUGCCAAGCACAGCCUGAGUCCAGCCACGUUUUUGCUGAACCAUGUGGAGGGCUGCUAUCAAAACGUGGAGCCUGGGUUUUACUUUCAGGGAACGGGAUAUGCCAUGCUAGCGGCGGGAGGGUACCGCGUGGGCACGGACCUGGAGAUUUCGCUGGAGUUCCGGACGACCCAGCUGGAUGGGGUGCUCCUGGCCAUCAGCAGCCCACGCAUGGAUGCCGUCGGCAUCGAGCUGGUUGCUGGGAAGGUGCUAUUCCACGCAGACAACGGAGCCGGCCGCUUCUCAGCUGAGCUCUCUCCGCUGGCAUUAACGGAGGCAGGGUCCGCUGGCACUGGUGCUGGCCACUUGUGCGAUGGCCACUGGCACCGUUUGGAGGCCAGCAAGCUCAAGAACCGCCUGGUGCUGAAGGUGGAUGGAGCCGCAACAGAGGCCGCCAGUCCACACCAAUCCAACUCGGCCGACACGAAUGACCCCGUCUACGUUGGCGGCUUCCGAGAGGGAGUGAAGCAGCAUGCACUUACCACCCAAGUGCCAUUCCGGGGCUGCAUUCGCAACCUUCGCUUCAUGAAGAGCCACCAAAUCCAGCCGCAAAUUCACCUGGGAGAAGCCUCGGACAUGAUGGGCGUUCUGCCUCAUUCCUGUCCGGCUCAAAGCUAGGGCAAGUGGACUGGCGGUGGGGCAUGUAUGCUAGCCCAGCUAUGUUGUUUUUUUAACAAUCCAUUUUAUUUAAAAACAAGUUCAAAAUUAAGCUUGAUGGUUGUUUCUGGGACAACUCGUCGAAAAAAUGGAUUGGAUAUAUUUAAUAACGCCUGAAAAACCAACCGUUUCCUAAAUUAUCUCACUCAAUUUUGAUUUUGCUCUUAAUAGACACCCACCUCUAAUGCAUCAUGUAGCAUAGAAUAAAAUAACGUUUUGGUGCUCUAAAACAAUCCCAUAAUAAACAAAAUAACGUUUUAAUUGUUUUAUACAGAGGGUUCAUUUACCCUGCUUACGGGUGAUGUAUUUACAAUUGUACUGGAAUAUUAUGGAUUUUUUUUUUAUAGGACAAGAGGUUAUUUUUUGUUUUGCAAUGCAGUAGCAUUAAUUAAUACACAUGCACAGGAAUGUAGAACCUCACAGCUCGAAUAGUUAUAGAAAAUAAUCAUCUACUCGGCCUCAUUUUCUCAGCAGCAGUGAAAUCUGAGAGCCAUUCCAUACUGCCUCUUUUGUGUUCUUUUAACCUUUUUAAUAAUAAAUUGUAACAAAAAAAACAUGACAGUAUUCUGCAAUCACACGUGUCCACAGAAUGAACUGACACUUGUCUUACAGCACCUGCAGCCUCCUAUAGCAAUUUGCUGUUACACUGCUCAUGUUAUUUAUUGGUCAACCUUCUUAUCAGUAUUGGCUGAAUUUCACAUUCAGAUCUGGCGUCUCCAAUUGAAAUGGCACCAUAGUAUCCUGCAGCAAAGGCGCGACCUCAAUUCAGUGCUCAAAGAUUAUGCGUCUGGAUGGAAUCUGUCAUCAGGAGGUGUUAUAAGUCUCAUCUUUCACAUUUCGGGUAGAACAACUUCAUCCCACCAUACUCAAGCUGCCAAUUGGAAGACUAUAUUACACUGUUAUUUAAAGUCAGAUAGAGGUUCCUGCACAAUGAGAUAUUGUUUUGGAAGUGGACGGUCCAGUGUUCUACGAUCACAGAAGCUGUCCCAUAGUAGCACCAUUGCUAUUAUUAUGAAGUGAUGCAGCUAACAGUAUCACAUGCAAUGUCAUGGCAUUUGCGCUAAAGUUUCUAAACUGUUGUAAUGGUACAUUAUGUAACAUUGGAAUCAAAUUAACUUGUUAUAAAAUAAGCAAUCCUGCAAAAAAAUAUUUCACACAUUUAAAUAAUUUAACCAAUUGUAAUAAUAAAAAUAUUUUCACCAAAGCUCGUGUUCAAAUUGCACGUUGCAUUUAUCGUGCUCCCAAUUCCAAUGUUGUGCUUGGCAGUACGGCUGCCAGCAGUCACAAUUUUUUAAUCAAACUGGAGGCGAAGAUGCAACCCUGCAAUUUCUGAAGCUACUGCUGAUGAAAAGGCCCGUGCUAGGCGGAGCUCGAGAGCUCCUCCGAGGGCAUUUUGCCUACUCUUCCACACCGACCAGACAUCUUGGAAGAGGUGGGAGUGCCCACAUACUUUAAACCCACCUCACAAGAUCUGCCGUAUCUGUAGCGACAACAUUGUGCGUUUGCUUGAGAACAUUGCGAGUUGAAUGAUCAAAAUAAGAACGCAUCACGGAUGAACAGCGAUUCACAAUUUAAUGUUCCGUACUUUAUCUUCGUGCACACAUUAACAAGUGUAUGGUGUCUUCUUUUAAUACAAUCUAUAGAUGCUUCCAUACGUUUUGCUAUUUUAUUGGCUCUGAAACAGGUGACAAGUUAGGAAAUGUUUGCAAAAAGACAACACCUUCGUGUGGAUAUACUAUCACAGCACAAUGUCUAAGACCCAUGGGUGGACAAUACAAUAAUGGGACAUUCAACAGGCCGAUCUGAACGUGGUGUGUAUGGUGCUAAUAUAUUGAUUUGGUCCAUGUGGAGAAGACUAAACCUACAAUGCAUAUCCUUCAUGUGCAAGUUUUGUGUGGGAAGUUUAAACUCUGCACACGUGUGCCAUUUUUUAUGUUGAGCCAAUUUUUUUUAUAUAUAUUCGAGCUACGAGCCAUACCGAUGUUUUUUUUAGUGGAUUGAAAUUGCCACAUUUUAAUUGUGCAUUACAACUCGAAUGUUUAAUGUUUAUGAGAAAGGUGCUAUUUCUUAACUAGUUUAUCAGUGCUUUUAACGUGCAAAAUAAUCAGGACUUGAACGCAAUAUUCUGUGAAAACUUCAUUUUUAGGUUCAUUGUUAAACAGUGUUUUACAAACAAAUGGAACUGUUACACGUCAUAUCUCCUGUGUGUGUGCGUUAUGGGGUUUGUUUUUUUACUUUUAGUUACCAAGUUUCAUAUUUAGUCAAUAAACACCAUCUUGUCACGAA